AUGACAUCUCCGCAGCCGGCGAAGAAAGGAUGUAUCACCUUUUCAAAUCAGUUCUAUUUGUACUUCAGCUUUGCUGGCACUGCCCUCUGCCUCUUUUUAUUCCAAAUAGUGUUCACGCUCGUUUUGGCUUAUCUCUUCCCAUCAUGUUUUUGCUCCGACAUGUUCCAUCACAUCACAAUUCUUCCAGCCAACGCGGCGAUGCUCAUGUUCGUGCUUUUCCUCUUCUUCGCCACUUUGUCUAUUUUCGGCAUGUUGGCGCUCUACGGAGUCUACAAAGAAAAGAUCGCCAAGAUCUAUCCUUUCCUUUUCCUCCUCGUUGUCGUCCUUGUUUCCAUGCUGAUCGGAGGCAUCAUCGGCGGGGUCAAGUCCAUUUCAGCUCCAGAAGCCAACCCGAUUGAAGAUACUGAAACUUCUUUUUCGCAACAAAAAGAGGAGAUUCUCUCAAUGCUCAGCAUAAUUCUGACAGAAGAAGGACUUGAGCUCGUAAAUUCACUGCUGGUUCUGACUGACCCUCAAUUCGUCUCGAUGGAUGUGCAGAAAAUGAUGGAGAAGUUUCUGAAACCCUCCGCUCUAGAAUUCGUCGAAGCUGGCGAAAAGACUCUGAUGGUUGCGGCGAUUAUUUCUGUCGUUGGAGUGUUGGUUAUGCUCAUUGGAACUAUUGUCUGUCUUUGGAAACUGGUACAGAAGAUGGCAGAAUAUCAGAAAGCAGAAGCAAAAAAGCGUAAUCUGGUGUCUCCCGAUGGCUACAUCCUCCAACACAACAACACUGUCAGCGUCCGCAGCAGAAACCACUCCCAGCAAAACCCGAAAGUAGAAUACCGUUCCAGCGUUUAUCACUCGCGCCAUGCACUCAGCUCCCAUUCCGAAGAGAUCCUGCUCAACAGCUAA